CUCACAUAGCCCCUUGUGUCGCUUACCUAUAACACCUUGGAAUUUUACACCUCAGACAAGUGCUCCAAGAAGAAACAAACUUUUCCUUCGAAACGACUGUAGAAAUUCCAUGUACUGACAAGAAUGCAUCACAUAUGGAUUGCACUGUGCUUACUGGUACAAGGGGGCAGAAGUUUCAUGAUCCACAAUACUAUUCACAGCCUGUGUUUGGAAGACUCCAGAAAGAAUGACAGCGUACUUCUGAAACGCUGUGACCUGAACUCUGACCUCCAGCAGUGGUUCUGGGAGGACCAACAUUUCUUGGUCAACAAGGGAACAUCAAAGUGCCUGUCAAGCCAGCAGAUCGAUCCCAUCUUCACCGUCUCCUGUGAUGCCGGCAAGGCCCUAUGGUGGCAUUGCCAUGACUACAGGCUGGUCAGCCACAACAAUUCCCUGGAGCUGACCACGGAUGGAAGACGCCUGUUUCUGUCCCAGAAAAGCAAACUAUCCAAGUGGAGAUCCCUUGGAGAAAGUGGCAUCUGCCAGGAGAUGUCCAGAUCCAAAAGGGCCUCGGACGAGUCAGAUGUUCUACAGACGGACAACCCUGAGACAGAGUAUGAUUACCCAGAAGAGAACGGCAUGACCGAGGAGCAGCGACAGUAUCUGCAAUGGUACUACCGCACUGAAGACCCAUCUCCAUGGAAAUAUGCCAUGCUGGGCCUGUCUGUCGGAGCCCUCCUGCUGGGCUGUCUUCUGUUUGGCAUGGGUUCAAUGGCAAACAGUAACAGGAAGAAGAUCGGCAAGUACAAGGCAGCCGCUGCGGCCCAGGCGGCCAGGGCAGUGGAGCUGCAGAGCAUGACUGAGAGCAAACAGCCCCGUGACAGCCCCGCUAAAACCAGGCAGCCCUGUGAGAAGCCCCCUCUGGACGACUGCGAGGCGGGAGAGCUGAAGGCCGGAGACAUCGUCCUGACGUGGAAGGACGGGAACGUGUCCAUGCUCUAUCAAGAGGCCCGGGAAGAUGACGUGUGAGCGGCCAGCCGGGGCUGCAAGCGCGUUCCUCUGGACUCUUCUCCAGCAGGAGCAACAAAUGAAAGAGCUUUGUCUUUUUUGACAGCACAGAGCCAAAGGAAUGUAGGACAGUGAGAUCACCUGAAGAGGGUGUGCUUUUUUUCCACAAUGUUUAAUUCCUCCUACCAUAAAUACACAGCCCCUGUACUCUGAAUUCAUGGAUGUUUAAUUUGCAAGUGGCAUGCUGCACAGUUGAGAAGGUGACCUCUGUCAUAAGUACUGUCACGAAUACUGCUAAGUUAUUACCCUGUACUGAAAGGCCAUACUGUGUAACGGUGGGCAGGCAGUCCCCAUAAAUCUACGCAGUACAUUGCAUGCAUUGUUUAUAAUGCCAGGUAAUUGCAGUACAUGUUUUCUGUAUGCUUUCUGGAUGUGGUUGUGUGGUCAGGACCACAGAGUAAUAUUCCAGUUGUACCACUCACUGCUGAAACUUGGUUUAGUUGUCGGUACUGGUUGUCACCGGUUUCUAAACUGAAGGAAAGGGUUACAGUACACAGAUGCUGUGAGCUCACUGUCAUCUCCGUUACAUUCAAUCUUACAUUCAGAACAAGUGACAACCCAAUGGCGAAAGAAGAAUCAUACAUUUACAAAAUCCUUUUCGAGAAUGUAUUGCUAAAAUGAUCUGUGGCCAAUUCAUGAAAAGAAACAAUGUAGGAGUGUACACAGGUAACACAGCACGGUAUACACAGGAAACUCUCGCCAUUUGUGAUUUGUGUUUUGGAAUAUUUCUGCCGGGCAGCGCUCCCUGUUUCCUCUCUCCCUCUCUGUUCCCAGACUGCAGUAUGCCACGCCAACUCAUGCUCAGGCAUUUAAUUUUAUAAAUAAUAUAUGUGUCCAUAGCAUUAUUGUACAAAUACAUUUCUUAAUCACUUCUUCAAACAUUCUUUCAAUUAUUACAGUAUUGUUAUAUUAAAAAACGCUGUUGUGUACAGGUACAAAGCCCAUUUCUGCCAUGUCAUUCUUUUUGGUACAGUGCAGUAUGCACAGGCUUUCCCUAAAUGUGGGGCUCUCUACAACAUAUCCCCUGUCAAUGGCGAGGGUCUCCUGUAUAACAAACUCAAAACAUACUUGAUGUUGGUUCAGGUCUGAAGCCAUGUUAACAAUUUAAUUUAGAUUAUUAUGAUAUAAAUACUUUUUGACAGGGUAAAGCAUAAAAUCUCUUAUCUUGUGAUGUACUGUAUAUCUCCCAAUAUGUCAUUAGCUAAUAACUUUAGCGUUAACAAAUAUAUUAAUUAUUCUAUAGAGAGAAUGUAUGAUAAAAUCCCAGGAUAUAAAUGAACUGACUAGUCUGUACAUCCAUUCACUGUUGUGCUGCACUG